UGACAUAAGAAUUAGUCUACUUUAACAGCUUUACUAAAGGCUGGUGCCAAGACAAGGUUCGGCCUGAAUCCGUCCCCUGUAGCGCUUUCAACUUUGCACGCACUUGAAUGAAGAAAUUUACUUUCCAGCACCAAUAAUUCUGAAUUCCGGUAUGGACAUAAGACGGUCUUUUCAAACAUUUCUGGUCGUAUUCUUCGUGGUUUUAACAAUAGAAGGAAAGAAACAUGACACUCUGGAGGCACGGGAAGAAAAGAUCAGAACUGUCAGAGAUGUUGAGGUUGAAAUAGAGUACGAACCAGUUGGAUGUUUCAGAGACCAAAACAGCAAAAAUCAACCUAGAUUGUUAGAUAAGUUGGUUAAAAACUUCAGAAAAAAAGGAAAUUUGCCAGACGGCAAAAAUAUCUGGGACUUUUGGGAAGAUAUGAGUGAAGUCAUACAGCUUUGUGCCGAAAGUGCUUUUAAGGACGGAUACACGGCCGUGUUUGGAAUUCAAUACUUUGGAGAGUGCUGGUCUGGGAAAAACGCUGCGUUGAAUUACGAUAAAUAUGGAAAAUCCGGCAACUGUAUCAAUGGCGUCGGAAAAGCAAGCACCAAUUAUAUUUAUCGCAUCAAAGCGCAUCCACUCCCAGUAAAAUCUUCGCCGGCUUGUAAUGUCGAAGGACAAACGUAUGAUGAGGGAGACAGCAUGGAAGUGUACAAUGGAGAUCAUAAAAACGGUCAAUGUGAUCAGUGUACCUGUGCGAACGGAAAAAUAGACGACUGCCAUUUCCUCUUCGACUGUGUCAUGAACGAUUCCAGUUGUAACGGCUAUGUCAAGACAUCAGCACAAUGCUGUCCUAAGUGCCAAAAAGAUGUUCCCAGUAAUGCACCUGUUUGUAAAGUCGACGACCAAACCUACAAACAAGGCGAUAGCUUGGAACUUCUUAGAGACUUCCACGGCAAACAACUAGGCGAGUGUCAUCAGUGUACUUGCAUGGCAGGAAAAUUGGAGAAGUGCCACAGAAUCUACUACUGCGAGAAGAACAAAGCCGGGUGUAAUAGCCAUAUAAAAAUUCCAGGCCAAUGUUGCCCGGCUUGCGCACGCGUCGUACCCAAACCCUCCCCGCCUUACUGCAAGGUUGGAGCACGACAUUACAAAGACGGAGAAAGUAUGGAGGUGUUUUACAUGUCCGCCGAUAAGAAGACUGCGGCAUGCGAUCAGUGCUCUUGUCAGGGAGGCAAAGUAGACGGAUGUCAUCACCUCUUCCACUGCGAAAUGGAUAAUCCGGAAUGCGUGCGUUAUGAGCAUCGAGUGGACCAGUGUUGUCCAACCUGUGUUCUAGCUAAUCCAAAGCCCCCGGCUCUCAGUUGUAAGAUAAACGGCCGGUUGUUUCAUGAUGGCGAGAGUGCUGAGGUGCUGCAGCAAUCUGUUGAUAAGAGCAGUAUAAUCUGCCGACAGUGCAAAUGUGACGCCGGGAAACACAAGUGUCAUAAGAUAUUCGACUGCGAUAUUCAGGAAUUGGGCUGUGAAAAAUCUGUUAAAAUAACUGGACAGUGUUGCCCAGUAUGCGCCUGUUACAACAAUGGAGAGCAAUUGUCACCAGGCGACCAAUGGCAGAAAGUUUCUGGAGAAGACUGCGUGACAUGCACGUGUCAGCAGGGUGGUAUUGCACACUGUACAAGGAAGCCUGGAAGCUGUCAAUCAGAAUGAAAGAGUCUUCAGCAGCUCAGCUGAAGAGCUGAACAAGGACAGCAAAUGGAAUUCGCAUGAAUUUUAUGAAAUUCCUUAACUGUGUUAAAUUGUGUAAAGUACGAUAAGAAUAAAGUCACAGUUAAUCUGA